AUGGUCAGCUCAACCGAACCCACAACUAUACUAUCGCCUCUUCAUAGAGUAGAUGGUUCCGCUAGCUUCUCACAAAAUGGUUAUACUAUCAUUGGCGCUGUAAACGGUCCCAUUGAAGUUCAGAGACGUGAUGAAUUACCAGAAGAAGCGGCUAUAGAUGUCAUAGUGAGACCAGCUGCUGGUGUUGGAGGUACUAGGGAAAGACAUCUUGAAGCAAUCCUUCAAUCUUCUCUGCGCCAAAUAAUCCUCAUCCACAAUUUUCCACGGACCCUUAUUCAAGUUACAUUACAGAUCACAAGUACACCAGAAAAUGAUACUGCUUGGUCAAAACUUGUACAGGCCAGCUCGAACCUUCCCUUACUCCCUGCCCUCCUUCAAACGUCGGUUCUGACCUUAUUAUCCGCUUCUAUACCGCUUUCUAUGACCAUGACAUCAGUAUUGCUUGCCUUGAAGAAUACUGAGGAAGGCACAACUAUAAUAGAAAAUCCCACUCCUCUGGAUUGUCAAGAUGCUGCUUCAGUCCAUGUAUUAGCAUUCACAUCACACGGGGAGCUUCUUGUUGCAGAAAGUGAGGGAAGUUUUGAUUUGGAUGAAUGGGAGGAAGUGUACGAGCACGGAAAGGGCCUAUGCUGCAAAGGUCAUGGAUUGGCGGAGGACGAUAUCAUGCAUGAAGACGGGCUUGAGAAUGAGGCACCUUCAAGCAUGAUGAUGUUCGUCAAAUCUGCAGUACAAGAAAAGGUUGCUACUGAUCUCCAUUGGAAAGGUUGA